AUUAACCAAAUAAGCAACAGGACAGACGAGGCAGGUUCACUCAGAAGAAACAACCACGCUUUAGAGGUGUAAAGAGAACUCGUAUGGUGGAGUUGGAAAGCAGCGGUUUUAUUAUUUUCAUUUUUAAAACCAAGACUUAGGCGCUUUUUUAGAUUAUAUAGACCAUUAGUGGGGUUUUGAGACGCUUUCUGAGUUGUUAGAGGUUGAAGCAUCCGUGUCAAAAUGUGUUCAGGCGGCUUUGCCAAGUGUCUGGGGAUCAGUCUGAUACCUCUGGCGAUCGUGUGUGUGCUGUGUAACAUCCUGCUCUUCUUCCCCGGGGGGACGUCCGUGGAGACGGAACACAUCACAGUCCAAGUCUGGUACUGUGGAGGCAUUCUGGGAUCUGGAUUGUUGAUGAUUUUCCCGGCUCUGGUCUUCCUGGGUCUGAAGAACAAUGACUGCUGCGGUUGCUGUGGCAACGAAAGCUGCGGUCGGAGAUUUGCAAUGCUGAGCUCCAUCCUGUUUGCAGCUGUGGGUGUCGCGGGGGCCGGUUACUCAGUUAUAGUUUCUGCUGUGUCCAUAAACCACGGACCUCAGUGUGUGAUUAACAUUAACGGCACAGAGAAGGAAUGGGGCUAUCCCUUCUUAAAUGGUGACUACCUGUCCAACACAGAUAUCUGGACAACUUGUCUGGAGCCGAUCGACGCGGUGUCCUGGCACCUCUCUCUGUUCUCGGUGCUGCUGGUCAUGGGUUUGAUCCAGAUUGCACUGUGUGCCGUGCAGGUGGUCAACGGCCUGCUGGCAUGUCUGUGUGGCGACUGCUGUGGGGGGGGCGAUGGAGCCGUCUGAGAACUUCCUCCCGCUGUGAGAGUCAGCAGUCAGACUUGUUGUAUUUAUUCUGGAUGACAGUGGUUUCUUGCUUCAUGCCAUAUCUUUUUGCAUAAGAGUUCAUUGAUUACGUUGUAUAACAACACUGGUGAAAUGAAAGAGCUCUCAUUUAAAAGGUUAACCAUUAACUCUCUCGCAAACAUUGAUGACAGUUUCUUUUCAUUUUUUUAAUCUAAAUUGGUAUUUGUUGCCAUUAACUAAUUUACAAAAGUACUGUACUAAAUGAUUUUCCUCCUGCUAUAUAUUUUUUCAUUAGUUUUUGCCCAUUUAGCUAAGUCAGUAAAUAAAGAUCCUAUUGUUGUUAUGUAAAGCAUAAAACAGGAUACAACCAAGCUAUUGUUUUAAAUGUUGUUGUUUUUCUUAUCCAGUCAAAUUUAAACAAAGGUAGCAACCUGUCAGAAAACACCCUGUCAGAAAAAUAGAUGUUGCACGACUGCCCCCUGCUGGGCAUUUCUGUGUAAAGAGGUCAUAGAGAUGAACCUACCAGCAAGUAUCUACACUAGGGCAUCAAUAACAUCUUACAUCUUACUGACAGUUCUUUGAAUCCACCUGCAGGUCUGUCUGAUCUGAAGCAAAACAAUUAUUUAAAUGCUUUUAUCCCAAAAAUGCUGCUUCUACAAACUUCAGUACACUGCCCAAAAAAACGAGGUGAGAAAUAUACAGUGAAUUAAUAGCAGCUGUGGCUGCCGGAGCUUCACCGUAAAAAAUAAAGUGACACGUAUAAGCCAUUACGGUAUCUUUUAUAAAAACAGCAGUUCCACUAAUUAAAGUAGCAGUGAAAAACACAAUACAACUGGAUAAUAUAGUACGGUACUGUAUUGAAGUUAACGGUGAAUUACUAGCAGCUGUGGUUGCCAGAGCUUUACCGUAAAAAUAUAUGUACGCAAUAUAAUACAUUACGGUAUGUUUUGUAAAAACAGCAGUUCUACUGUGAACCUACUUACAAUCUUUUCUAGUGAAAAACUUAGUACAAGACUGCAUGUAUAAUAUAUUACGGUACUUCACUGAGAAGUAUCGGUGUCGUGAUCCGGAGUUUUUGUGUCUUGUUUCCUGUUUUAUUUUGAAGUCCCUGUCUCUCGUGUCCUCUGUUUCCAUGCACUUCCUGUCCCUGUGAUUGUCUGCCCUGUUCUUUAUGCCCUGCACCUGCCCUCAGCCACUCUUGUCUCAUUAGUGUCUAAUUCCGUACACCUGUUUCCUCCUCCCCCCCCCUAUAUAUUUCACCUGUCGCCUGUCGGAUUGUUGUCUCCCUCAGUCUCCUUGUGACUGUUGUUAGUCGUGUCUUGUUCCUGUCUUAAUUAAUGUCUUUGUUAAAAAAAUCUGUUCCCUGAUUAAGUACAUAUAUGAUUGAUAUUUAACCCCAAUUUAAUUCUUCCUGUUAUUUUUGUGUGAAUUUAACCAUUUAUUUUUCUUAAACUGUUUAUUCCCUGAAUGUAUUUAAAUAUAUGAUCAUGUUUUAAUCUUAAUUUCCGGUGUAAAGCUCCUUGAACCUUUUGAUCUGAGGUCUUCUGAGAUUAUUAUUUCGGGAUUUUCUUUGCCUUUAUUUGACUGCAGCUGAAACACUUUUAAUCUUUAAACCUAAAAUGUACCAUUAAAAGUAACCAGCAUAUGUCCUUUAUCAAUAAAUCCUGAUUCACUCACACUU